AGGGGCGGAGCGGUGGGGGGGGGAGGGGCGGUGCCCGCGCGGCGUACAAAGCGCCGCCGCCGCCGAUUACCCGCCAACGGCCCCGCUCUGGGGGAACGGUAUGGAGGGAGCCGGCGCGCUGCUGGCCCGCUGCCCCGCCGGCGGGCUGGGAGUCACCGUCUGCGCCGCCGCCGUCGGGCUGCUGCUCUACCGCAUGGCGCGGAGGAAGAAGCCCACACACGUGACAGUGAACUGCUGGUUCUGCAAUCAGGACACGGUAGUGCCAUAUGGGAAUCGCAACUGCUGGGACUGCCCCAACUGUGAGCAGUACAAUGGGUUCCAAGAGAACGGAGACUACAAUAAGCCUAUCCCUGCGCAGUACAUGGAACACCUGAACCAUGUCGUGUCGGGUGGUACGACUUUUUGUGAUCCUACCAAACCACAACAGUGGGUGAACAGCCAAAUUCUGCUUUGCAAGAAAUGCAACAACCAUCAAACUACAAAGAUCAAACAGCUGGCUUCAUUCUCACCAAGGGAGGAGGGCAAAUAUGAUGAGGAGAUUGAGGUGUAUAAGCACCAUCUGGAGCAGACCUACAAGCUGUGCCGUCCGUGCCAGGCUGCGGUGGAGUAUUACAUAAAACAUCAGAAUCGGCAGCUCCGGGCGCUGCUGCUCAGCCACCAUUUCAAACGCCGUGAGACAGACAAGACCUAUUCUCAGAAUUUAUGUUCAACUUCCUCUUCUGCUUCCAUAACCGCACCAGCUCAGGUGAUACUUCUGCGGUUCUUGGCCUUCCUCAGCUGUGUGUUCCUGGUUCUCAUGGCCUUGUAUGGGUCAGGCAACCCCUUCUCACUCAGUGCAGCAGUCCCUGCUCCUGUCUCCUCUGGUCCAGCAUCCAUUUGGAACAGGACUGGCACAAGCUCACACACAGACUUGGAAAAUGACACUUCUGUGACGGUGGCGGGCUGGCGGGAGCUGCUCCGCCUGCUCCCGGAGCAGAUGGUGGAGAACCUGCGUGCUGCAUGGGCUUACGGGAAGAAUCACCAGAUGGCAGUUGCUGUCCUUGGGCUGUUCACCUGCCUGUUGGCCAUGUUCUUAGCUGGGCGGAUCAGGCUCCGGAGAAUUGAUGCGUUUGCUUCAGUCUUGUGGUUCAUAGUGAUGAGUCUGCAUUUAGCUGAGACGUACCUGAAGACAGAAACACCCAACUGGCUGGACACAACCAAAUUUGGCACCACGUCCUUGUGCUGCUUGGUGUGCUUCACCGCAGCAGUGGCCACGCGGAAAUCAAUGGGCCAUCGGAGAUUCCGGCCCCGAAGGUACCUUUCUGGGGAUUUGAUUACUCUCUUUCCCAGUGGCACUGGGACCGGCUUCCCUUCCUCUGCUACAUCUCUCUUUGUCCCGACACCACCCAGUAUUCUCCAGCUGACAAACCAACAGCUCUUCAGAUCCCCACGCAGAACUUCUUCUUCCUCUCUUCCUGGUCGUCUCAACAGGGCACUCUCACUGGGUACCAUCCCCUCCUUGGCCAGAGCAGAUUCUGGCUACUUGUUCAGUGGAAGUCGACCAGCCUCGCAGUCAUCUCAGUCCAAGGAAUCUCCUACAUCAGAGCACUUCUCCCUGCUGUCAGGCAGCUGUGCUCCCUCCCGCAUCCCCUCUCCAGCACCAUCGGUGGCUGGCUCUGUGACUUCCAGCUCCAGUUCCUUGCGGUACCGCCGGCCACUCAUCAGCCCUGCCCGUCUGAACCUGAAAGGACAGAAGCUGCUGCUUUUCCCAUCGCAGAAUGAGGCUCUGCUCACCCCGACUAGCUCAGAGGAGCACACCCACUCAGACAGCAACAUCUUUGCCACCGAGUUGUCCUUGCCAAAAAAGAACCUCAGCGAGCGGGGAGUGCAUGAUAGGAGAUCUGCUAUGGAAGGAGGGAGUCUUUGCAGUAGUAAUUCCAUCAAAAAGGAGAAUCACUCAUCACAUUCAUCUACCUGUGUGGUAGACACAACUACCAAAGGGGAGGAUUUGGCAGGCUGGAGAGGUCAUUUUGGUAACUCCGUUCUCCGAGGCCUGCUAGCUGUGAGUCUGACUCUCAAUGCUAUCUUCACAUCAGCCUAUGUCUACCGGAGCCUGCGUUGAUUUGUGCCAACACUCCUUUCUUUCUGGUUCCACCUGCAUCUGAGGAGAUAAGAAGAAUUCAACCAUGGCUUCGUGUCUAAUGGCCGUGCCACUGGUGCAUGCUGUUUUCUAAAAAACUACCAUAUGCUCAACUGUCAUGACAAGGAACCCAGGUAGCUGCUGCCAUCACUUCCAGGUAGAACAUAUUGCAGGAUUGUCACUGGAGGUGGCAGGCAGAAUUCCUGGAAAGCUCCAGUUUGAAGCAAGAGGGCAGUCAAAUGUCCCACGCACUUUCUUUCAAAGGAACUGACCUGAGACACAAGCCUGAAGAUGUGUAAGCUACGUUUUUGGGAACCUAUCCCCAGCUCUUCUUUCUGACAUACUAACCUCAUGCUGAUGGUGCUGAUAAAAUGAGGAGAAUUAGAACAAAAGAGCAGGGAAGAGGGAUGGCUUAGUAGCUGGUGCUGGGCUUUGGCUACUGUAACAGCAUUCCCAGCCUCUUUGCCCUGUGAUUCCUCUUCUCUCUUCCCUUUGGCACCCUCCUCUAAAUUAUCAGUGAAUUUUCUUUAGUUGCCUUAAGCUUGCCUAAGCACUUGGGUGACCUUGGCUGCUCUGUCAUUCUUACAUCUUUUAUGUCCACAUGCUUCCACCUGGGAUGUGCCCUGAGGCCACUUUCACCAGUUGUCAUUCUGGUCUUGCUGGUUCCCAGAAACUGUCUGUACUUACCUCCAACCAGCACUGUUGCUGUAGGUAUGCACAAACCCCAGACAGACUUGCUUUUGUGAUUUGCAUUAGAAAGAGGAAGCCUGCACUUUGCUUUACCCAGGAGGCAUUAAUUCUGUUACAAUUAAUUCUGCAACAAGAAAGGAUCCCUAUGUCUUUUGAACCAUAGUCAAAAGACUUCAGCUCACAACUCUGACUGCUGGUGUUUUCACUGAGUUCUUGCUGCAAAUCGCACAAAUCUGUUCUAUUAGGAGAUGUGUGAGGAGCUGUCUUGAUUGUAUACAUUUCUUCAGAAACCUGAUGCCUCAGUGUGAUAUCAGGAUUUACUAAGUAACCAUUUAAGGUAUUUCUUAGUUAAAUGCCAAGGUAUUCUCAGUGAGAAAUGCCAAACCUGCUUCUGGACAAUUCAGCCUUUUGGAUAGAUUUUUCUUUUCUAACCCAAUGGAAGUAGCCCUGGGUUUUCAAAAGCAGUAGAUAAUUUGGGUACUUCUGCUUUUGGGUGUGUCUUCAGCAUUACUUAGAAUUCAGGUGCCAGUUAAGAGUCUUGUACUGAAUACUCAAUAUCAUUUAGUACAUCUUAGGGGAAAAAAAAAAUCCUUGGUCUUUAUAUUUUGAUUCUUAAAUCCCAAGUGCAGAGACAAGAUUUACCAAUAUGUCAAGGAUACCUGCUGAAAAGAGAGCCAACUGACAUUAGCUGUGUAUUUCCUGAAGCAGGACUGACUCUGUUCGAGUUUUCCUAUUGUUUCUUUCUUUGGACUCCAUUACCUCAAACUUAAUUUCUCUUUCCUCUUCCCUCACCCCAUUGUCUUGUGUUUGCAUCUUGAAUUAGUGUUACGCUUACUGUGUCUUUUCCUCCCUUUCAGUUCUGCUGAUGUUCCCUCUACUGUACUCUUGCAUGUGCACCGAAACGAAGUGUGUCUCCUCUGAUAAUUCCCUGCUUUGAACCUAAAAUUCCCACCUCGGAGUGACCAUCACCCUUCCUUUUUUUUUUUUUCGUUGCAUGUUUUAAUUGAGUUCCACUCACAGCCUCAUCAUGUGAGGAAUAGUCAGACUCUAAUCAGAAUGCUAUCUGACAGAUUAAAUGGGGCUUUAUUGCAGGUGAUGUAAGCAUGGGAAAUUAAGUCUCCCUUUGCAUCUUCCAUUUCUUCCUGCGUUGUUUUAGCAGCCCGCUCCCAGCCGCUGCUCCCCAUCCUCCCUUGUAGUGAGGCCUGCUCAUUGCCUACUCUGCAUCUUACCGGCAGGGGACAGAGCUCUGCCCACAUGUGCUGAUGUGAAAGGCUGUGGAGAUGUCACUCCUGAGGCUGCAUCUUUGUCUCAGCCUUUCUAGAGCAUUGGCAAGGCACCUCCUGUACAAAGGCCUAGGUCCGGGAUAGAGACCUGCAGCAGAAAGAUGGGCUGCAGGUUGAGGAUUAAUUCUUUUGUAACUUGCACGAAUUGUUACUUGCAGCUGAAUCGGACCCAUAACCUUGCUGUUAAGAGAUUUUUGUCCCUUUUAUAGAUUUCUUCAGGCUCACUUAAGCAUGUGCGUAGGCGAGAUGUUAGUAGACCAACUUGCAAGCUUCUAUUUAGACCUCUGCUGUUUGAAUUUGACGAUGUCCUGGUACAGUGUGUGACAUCCCAUUUGUGGAUCCUUGUCCUGACUUCCAGCAUACCCAGGAGCCUCCUAUGCAGAGACAAGCCUGCCAGAGAAUACUGGGGGUUUGCUUGUCUUUAUUAUGCCAACAGAUGUGCACUGUGACUUCACGUAUGCAAACUUUCCACUUUCACCUCCCAGUCUGCACUGAGUUUUACCAUCACACUCACCUGGAGUCCAAGUUGGUCUCUGUCUCUACCAGAUUGCAAUACAAGUUUCCUCCUCCUUUCCAGCAACCAAGGAGCUGCAGCCUCUCAACACACUUCUUCUUGCCCGUAUUCCAGAACAGGAACACUUUAACAUGUCACUGCACUUCUGAAUCUACUCCCUGAAACUGUUCUUGGAAGGGUGUUUGGUGACCUUGUCCAAAGCAAUUUAAAGACUCUGGAUUUUAUUGCUGAAGAGGGAAGACAACCAACUUUUUCAUUCUGGUGCUAGAACACUCUCCAGUGGUGCUGUCAUGGUUGUGAAGCCUUCGCUUGAAUAGUACACACGAGUACACGGGGGUGUGGAUGUGGGUGUGCAUGCAUAUAUAUAAAAACAUUUGGAGGGUUUCUUCAUUUUAAAAGAUCUGAGCCCAUGUUUGUCUUUAUAUUGUUGGCCUUAAUCUAGCUCUUAGAUACUGUGUCUAUCUUGCUGACGUUUUCUAUAUGAGGCUGGUUUGGAGGAAACAAAAGAGUAUCUGGUCCCCCUGUGAAAAUCUUUGUGACUGAUGAUGUUGAUCUUCAUACAGUGUUAUUCAGGGGUGAAAUUUUAUUUUUUUAAUGUUUUUCCUACUGUAAAAACUGUUGGAGUGUAUGGAAUGGAAAAGAUCAUUACAAAAUGGUCUGAUAAAGACUUGAGCAUUACCUAAUAAUACCAACAAUUAAUGAUCAGAUGGGAUAUAAAUGAACUUAAUUUCCAGACCUUUUCCAUUACCUACCUUCCCUUGAAAUGCCCAGGUACUUUUUCUUCAGAUAUGGGCUUGUUAAGCAUAUUCUGAGACCUUGUAGAGACUUUUGAUUAUUUUGCUGUUCCGAAUUAGGAAGAAUUUGGAUUCUAGAGUCUGGUUCCAGUUCUGCAGUCUGGGUAGUGUGGCAGAGGUGACAAAGAUUAUGUACAUAUCUGUUUGAUGGGAUAGAGAGAAUUGGUAGAACGAAUUGCUGAUUUCAGAAGGUCGUAUCUUUUUACAUAAAAUUUUAAGACAUGAAAUUGGUCACUGUGUCAAUGUGAAAAAAACCUCAUUGCUGGCAUAUGUAGGCCAGAUUCACUGAAUUUUAGGCUGUCUGCUCAAGCAAAAAAUUUGGCCUGUGAAUGUUUUAUUCCCACUCCUUUUUGGGUGAUGGGAACAUCUGUAGAACACUGAUGAACUGACUGGGUUCCUUAAAAUGGAGCAGCUGGAAUCAACGGCUUGCACUGCCUGUGGAUGCUGCUAUAUUUUCUCUUCCAUGCACCAUUCCUGGAAAUAACUAUGGUCUUAACCUCCCUGAGAGACAUUUGUUAGAAGACUAGAAAGGGCCAAUUUGGCCAAUACUUUUUUUUUUUUUCUAUUAAAUACAUGUUGCAUCCAGAAAUGAUCAUCACUGUGUCCUGUGGUGGGAGUAAGGGACAGAGUACUUUUGGAUGAAGUGGGUAUCUGGAGAGGGUGAGGAGGGCAAUUUUGAGUCCUAAACCUUAUUUCCUGUGAAAUACUGUAUGUCAUAUAUGUAUACUUGUCUGGGGAGCUCUAACACUGUACAGUUUGGUUAAAUGUUCUCCAAGGGAGGAGAAGUUGUUCUUCAGAGGUUUUUAGUUCAUGCUUUGUGUUUAAAGAAGAAUAUUUUUCUUUAAAAAAAUUAAAACGGCUAAGUUUUCA